CUGAUCUAAUGGAGACUAGUACUGAGUUGAUACAUGGCACUGAAUUACAUAAAAUAUCAAAAGGACGCUGCCAAGAGAGACACUUCUUUCUGUUUGACCAUCAACUGGUUUACUGCAAAAAAGAUACAAUUGGUGGAAGGUUAUCUUACAAAGGUCGUGUGAAUACUGACAAGUGUCAAAUAAUCGACUUGAAAGAUGGUGAAUGGUCUCAUGGUGGUAGUGGUGUUAAAAAUGCUUGGAGGAUCAAUAAUUUUGAUAAAGACGACAAGUGGUACGUAUUGUUUGCUAAGAAUGCAAAAAUGAAAGAGGAAUGGAUGGAGGCUUUCAAGAAAGAGAGAAGACAAGUGGAGGAUGACAAAAUAAACGGUUUCAUUAUUACUCCUAAAAUGAAAAGAGCUGCCAUUGCUCUGUUUAAUACCACCAGUGAGCCAAUAUCAAGGAAACAUCCACCGAAAAAGAACUAUGAAUUUUCUAGUGAGAGUCUACCAGUUGGUAUGAUAAACACUUUACCAGCUGGAGCAAGAGGAGGAGAGAUAACAACAUCACUGACUUUCUCACCAGGAGAAAGAAAGAAAAGACAGAAAAGAAAAUAAGCUUUUAUUGUAUUAUAAUUAUUGUUUUUGUAGAGCGGAUGGUUUAUAUUGUUGUUGUUGUUGUCAUUGUUGAUAUUUUUAUUUUAUGUAUAACUUCACGUGUUUUAGAGUUGAUACUUGUAUUAUAAGCAAAUUUCUCUUUGUUUUUUUAUUUCUCCCUCUUUUCCAUCACUUCAA